CCGCUGAAAUGUCACUUGGUAGGUCAUAGGACGUGUAAUGCAGAGCUGCUAUCAAUCGAUUACACUCAACGUUAUUUAAAUCACCCGCAGCCUGUUGGUGGAGUUUCAACAAUUGUUUCUCUUGGUGCACGGGGCCAAGACGGCUGGGAAGCAACUGAUGUUACUGGUGUUGCCGGUAUUACUGGAGUUGCCGCUCUUACUGGCUUUGCUGCUCUACUUCUUUUUGCUCUCUUAGGUUUAACUUUACUCGUUUUUCCUCUCUCCAAGUCCUCGCAAGAUAAAAUUUAA